AUGUCGGUCAUCGUGCUGGAGUUUGUGAAGGAUGGUUGGCGGACCGGCUCGAACUCUGGACUUCUUCGAUGCCAAGCUGAAGCUUUGAUCCAAGUUCUCGCUCGACUUCAUGCUUGGGGUCUGAAGGGCAAGGACAGUCUGCCAUGGUUGGAGGACUGCCGAGAUGGACAUCUUCUGAAGCACGGCUUGCCGGACUUGUUCCGAAGCAGCGUUCUCAAAGUCACGGAAGAGAAGAUCCAGGCCGCGUCACCGGCAGUCGAACUGCAGCAUGCACGAAAGAUGCUCGAGAUGCUCCAGCUUGCAGCGAAACCCGGCUUCUAUGAGUUCGCGAUCGACUCGGUGAUGCUAUCCGGCCCAGAAACAGUCGUCCACAUGGAUGCGCGGCAGGGAAAUGCCUUUUUCGAAGAGGACAAGUCCGGCGAUGACGGAAAAAGACGAGUGAAGCUUUUCGAUUGGCAAAAUGUCACAAGGGGGACUGGGGCCCUGGAUUUGGCUUACACUCUGAGUGGUUCUUUGUCCGUUUCCGACCGUCGUGAAUGGCAAGAUGAUUUGCUGGCAUUGUACAGACAAGUCUUUUGUGAUGUGUCCGGCACCUCAUACCCAAUGGAGCGUCUCAGAGACGACUACCGGAACGCCUUGAUAUGGCCUCUCGUCUGGGCGGCGCUUACACUCGCGGAUGUUGAAGCCACAGUGGACCACUGCGCUGGUCCCAUGUUGGGUGCUGGCGCCGCCGCUGAGGAUGUGGCAAAGCGUGUCAAAGCCAGGGAGGUUGCACGGGAGUUUGUGACGGUGGGUUCAGAGAGGUACAUCCAAGCAGCAUUGGAUGAAGGCAGUGUGCAUUGUGUACAAGACACGAUGUGCAAGUGA